AACGACCUCGCUUUCGAGAAAAUUCCAAAAUGGCAGCGCCUUCAACACAGCAAGUUCAAGAAGUACGGGAAGUCACCCGGAUUGAGAGAAUAGGUGCCCAUUCUCACAUCCGCGGGUUAGGUCUUGAUGAUGCAUUGGAAGCGAGACAAGUAUCCCAGGGCAUGGUGGGCCAGGUGUCGGCUAGGAGAGCUGCUGGUAUCAUACUCGAGAUGAUCAAAGAGGGAAAGAUUGCUGGACGUGCAAUACUUAUUGCUGGACAGCCUGGAUCUGGCAAAACAGCCAUUGCUAUGGGUAUGGCCCAAGCCUUGGGUACAGACACACCAUUUACAAGCAUGGCGGGCAGUGAGAUCUUCUCAUUAGAGAUGAGCAAGACAGAGGCAUUGACGCAGGCAUUCAGGAAGAGUAUUGGAGUGAGGAUCAAAGAGGAGACAGAGAUUAUUGAGGGGGAAGUCGUUGAUAUCCAGAUCGACAGACCUGCAACUGGAACAGGUGCUAAAGUUGGAAAACUAACUCUCAAAACCACUGAAAUGGAGACCAUUUACGACUUAGGACAGAAGAUGAUAGAAUCUCUCACAAAAGAGAAGGUGCAGGCUGGCGAUAUAAUCACAAUAGACAAGGCCACUGGGAAAAUCACACGCCUUGGUCGGUCUUUCACACGAGCACGGGAUUAUGAUGCCAUGGGCGCACAGACACGGUUUGUCCAGUGCCCAGAGGGUGAACUCCAGAAGAGGAAGGAGGUGGUGCACACGGUCAGCCUGCAUGAGAUUGACGUGAUCAAUAGUAGGACACAGGGAUUCCUGGCACUUUUCUCUGGAGAUACGGGAGAAAUUAAGGGAGAGGUCCGAGAACAAAUCAAUGCAAAGGUAGCAGAGUGGAGAGAGGAAGGCAAGGCAGAGAUUGUUCCUGGGGUGUUAUUCAUUGAUGAAGUGCACAUGUUAGACAUUGAAUGUUUCUCGUUCCUGAACCGAGCCUUGGAAAGUGACAUGGCUCCAGUGCUGGUCAUUGCAACAAAUAGAGGAAUCACGAGAAUUCGAGGCACAAACUACCAGAGUCCUCACGGUAUUCCAAUAGAUCUCCUAGAUCGUCUGCUUAUCAUCUCAACUUCGCCAUAUGACAAAAAAGAAAUCAAAGAAAUUUUAAAAAUCCGCUGUGAGGAGGAAGAUGUUGAGAUGUCGGACGAAGCUUUGGCAAUUCUGACGCGGAUAGGAAUGGAAGCAUCAUUACGUUAUGCGAUACAGCUCAUCACAGCCGCCAAUCUUGUCAGCCGGAAACGAAAAGGUACUGAGGUUGAAAUGGGUGACAUUAAGAAGGUUUACGACAUGUUCCUCGACGAGUCAAGAUCAGCGCAGUUCUUAAAAGAAUAUCAACAGGAGUUCAUGUUCAACGAAGUUGGUGUCGACACUGAUCAGAUGGAAACCUCCUGAAGAGCCCACCUCACCAUCAGACCAGUUCUCAGGUAGCCAGGUUUACUGCGGAUGACACAUGAUACGACUGGGGAGUGCCUGAUUACUCGCAUACCAAUCUGACGCAGUCUAUAGCUGUAGCUAUUCUGGUUCACCUUGGUGAAAUGUACAUGUACCCUAGACUUUGUUCAGGAAUUCAUUAUCUGGUGCAUUUGGUGAUUGGUCUUUUCCAUCAUGAAGAUAUUAUGGUACAAUGAUCUACAUAUACAUUUAUUAGGGUAGGCUUACAUAGCCUAGUCUAUACCUGUUGGUAUUGACCGUGCAAGUGAAUAUAGGAUGCAUUUGUAGUACACCCAGAUAAAUAAUUCCUCUGAAUGAAUGUGUCCUUCAGUUAUUUGAGAAAAAUUAGGAAUAGAGAUUGUGAUAUUAAUGAUAUAUGUCUACUGCACAAUGCCUGGUCAUUGUUGUGGGGGGGAUUAUUCAAAUGAUAGUAUUGUCUUUUCUGAGUUCUGAACUUUUGCAGUUGAUUCACGAUUUGCCCAACUAUUGUAACGGAGUAUAAGUUCUCUGAUACCUGAUGCACAUUUAUAGGAAGGCCUAAGGUCGUGACGUGGUGUUACUGGAAGCUGCUAUCUGCCGACACAUCGUUGGAGAGAAGCACACUUGUUGGAACUGAGGGACCAUCUCAAUAUUCAUUGAUGCCACGAAAAACUUAACUUAGCUAAAACUAUUAUUAGUCUUUGGGCGUUACUUGGACUCGUGUCUCUUUUAAACACUUUUUUGCCUUAGGCAACCUGUUCUAGGGUGCAGAUCCUGCGAGAAAUGACUCACCCACUUUGAUGGUGAACUACAGGUAAAGCAAUGUGUGGGUGUACAAUUUCCUAUAGUUUUUCGGAAAAAAUUUGACAUCUGAUGGCAAACUGGGUUUCAAAAUGCUGACCUGUACCAUUUUGCAACUAGAAAACCAGUUUGGUAAGACUAUUGUUGUACAUUUUGCCUGGUUGUUUAAAGGAUUGAUGAGUUCAUUUCUUUACAUGUACAUCACCCCACCCAGUAUCAAUGACUCUUCUUUUCCCAUCACUGCUGGACAUUUCUGUAAAAAAGGUAGCAGUGGUUUUUGAAAGAAACUGGAUUUGUUCUGUAGAUGCAGUUCCGGCUGUUCGUUUAUAAAUAGACAUAAGCUACCUUGUGAGAUCAUCAUGUCAGUAGGAAUUUGUAUGGCGUUAUAUUCUACCUGUAUGUAAUAGGCAGAGGGGGUUAAAAUCGUUGUGUAUCUGGUUGUACUCAUCCUUUGCAGUGUGAAUGAUUUAUCUUUCCCUCACAUGUUAACAUCCACCAGAGGAACAUUGUCUUAAAUUUUUGUGCAAGUGGAGAGCCAAAUUGGCCAGAGCUUUGAUGUUAAUAUAAAAUUCUGCGUCUUGAAUAGGCACAAUGUUUUCCUAUUAAGUAAUUUCAUUGAGAAUCAUCACAGACAGAAGGUUUGUCAAAUUCUGUCUGAACCACUUGCAUGUAAUCAGCUGUAAACCUGGUACCUGAAUAUUGUAUUUCUAAUCUCGUCUUGAAAGUUGUGUUUCUUUUUGUAAUAAAUUCUAAAUUCUAGA